AUGGUCAUUCUCGAAUCUCAACGACUAAGCAAAUACUUUCAAAACAAGUUAGACUGCCGAGAUCAGGCAACUGGUAAAUUCAUUAUUAACCCUAGUAACUUCAACUUCAACUUUCGUAAUCCUUCUCUUCAACAACAAACAUCUGGAAUUGGGACAAGAUCAUUAACAAUUGAUAUCAGACGCUCGGACCAUCAACCAAACCCACAUGGGCCUUUCACCAAUAUGGCUCCUCAAAAUAAACAAAGCUCGAAACAAGCAAUACCAUCCAAGACUCAAUCUACAACAACACGUCUCUAUAACCUUCAAGGAAGAAUAAUCAGUAUGGAUAAAUCUGAACCUUUUAUUGACUCAGGCUUAAUUGCUGUUUCUCUUGUCAUCAAAUCACAAACUGGCCCUAACUUCGUUUUUCACUAUCCACCUCGACCAUCCUUUGCUCCACCACCACGCAAUUACAGAUAUGGCACUGAAACCGAUCAGAGCGAACUUGAGGAACAAGAUGAGAGCGACGAAGAUGAUAGUGAUGACUUCUCCGAUUUAGAAGACUCAAUUACCUCGAAAUUCGGAAAAAUUAACAUGGGUGGGAAGAAGGUGAAUAGUGGAAACAGUCGAUCGCGUCACGUGGAGAUCGAAGGCGACGAUCACUACGAAAGUAAGGACGGCGAGCAGAUUGUUCCUUGGGAACAAUUUGGUGAAUUUCCUACCGUCGAUCUUGCGAGUAUUCUAACACCACCACGCGCAUACCACAAGAAGAAGUUUGAGUUAUCAAUUGACAAUCUCUACUUCGUCUCCUAUCCAUUGCACAUCCGCGAGGAUGGGUUUUGGAAGAAGCCGAGAAAGUCAAAGAAAGGUAAAGAGGUAGCCAAGGACGGAGACGAAGUAGAUGAAGGUCAAGCAAAGAAGGGCAGUGGUUCGGAUGAUGGUGACGAUCGUGGAGCAAUGACAAUGUUCAAUGUCGUUUUCGUUGUCAGUUUACCUAGACACGAACAAGACGAGAGAAUUGAAGAACUUUAUGAGCAUGUUAUCAAAACAUUCAAUAAGGCUCUCAACCAUGCUCAAGCUCAGAGUAAUUAUGUCUGGAAGGAAUCUGAGAUUAUUCUAAAUAUGAAGGAAAGAGCCCGCGAAGACAAGCGCCCAAUGAGUCAACUAUGGAGUCAAAUCUUGAUCAAAUCUACAUUGGCAGACGCGAUGCGCAAUGUUUACGAUGCUGUUGUCAAUAAUACCAUCACUACCGUCUGUCUCGACACCAAGCCUCCCAUCGAUUUGUCGCUUCACAUCCCGAUUCCCACAUUUUUAAUGAGCUUUCCAAAUCCUAACGAGCGAGCCAAGCCCGGUGUAUUACUUUCCAGUGCCAACCCUCUUGUCGACGAGGAAGGUAAUCCAGACCCUAUGCAUCUUGAUAAGCACUUUGCUCUUCUACUUCUUAAGGAUGAGGUCGAUGUCAUUGCGGAGAUAUCUUCUGAAAAUACUGAGCUUUCCACUCCUUUAAUUCAAGUCAUCAAAUGGGCCAAACCUACUUUGUCCUUCCACCAAGUCGCUCAAACCAACAACGUUGAUCUCGAUGAAGUCAUUACUCUCGCGCAGCACUUGAUCUAUUGGCGCAAAGCAAUUGCGAUCCCACCUAUCCAUGCCCGCGACAUGUUUAUUGUUUCUCCUAACUGCGAUAUGCACAAGUUGAUUCCAGCAACCCAACAGUGGAAGAAGGCAUUUCCUUUUGCUCCCUCCUUACAAAGUUUCCUCGGACAAAUCUCUUAUGCUCCACGCGCUUACAAGACUUUCGUCCCUUCCAAGAGUCAUCGUGAAAAAUACAUGGAGAUGUUGGCAUGGCUCAUUCGUGGCGGCUGGGUUACUCAUCUGCGAACCUUUUGUUGGAUUUGGGUCUGGCCCGAGAUCAUCUACGAAGUUGAAUAUCAAUUAAAAGCAGAAGCUAUCGAGAGAACCAGAAACCCACCUCUUGAAACUGCACCUGGAUCUCCUGAAACCAACAACUCUGAAGAAGCUACCGAUGCCGAGAAGGCGAUGGCUCUCGAUCCUACAGCUCCACUCACCACCGAACAAGCAGCCGAAGCCGCACGCCUCGAAAGACUCGCCGCCAAGACCAUCGCCGACGCCAAAGCUGCCGAGGUUGAAUUUGAAGAAUUGCCCGUCCCGGUCGCUACCGAGCAUCCUUCUAUGAACCAUGCUGAACAUUUAAAAUACAUGUCUUCCUACGCCAUUGUCGAUCCGCACAAGGCUAAUCAUGUCGAAACAAUGUACAUUGCAGCCAUUGGUAAACGUUGGACUGACCCCAAGGCAAAGGCAUUGUGGCCAAAGUUCGUCAAGUAUUUUAAUGGCACAACUGCGUUGGAGGAUAUUUGGGCUAAGGAAGGAUUGAAGCGUAAGGAGACGUGGAAUAUCUUGUUGGCUUAUCAGGAGCAGAUUAUGGUUAUGAAGCAUUGGUAG